AUGAGAGGUAUAUGUCUAAUUGGUGAUAAGUCCUUAGGUGCAUUAUAUGAUACUGGAGCUUCGCAUUCGUUUAUUUCGUUUGAUAAAGUUGAGGAAUUAGGAUUGAAAGUGUCAGAGUUACGUUUUGAUCUGUAUGUACAUACUCCGCAUCAGACAGUUAUGACUAGGUCAGGUUGUAGACAAGUAGGUUUCAAGCUUGAGGGUAGAGACUUUGUGCAUGAUUUGAUCUAUUUACCAAUGGUGGGGCUAGAAAUGAUUUUGGGGUUUGAUUGGUUGUCAAAGAAUCGGGCUUUGUUGGAUUAUUUUGAACGGACAACUCGGUUUAUGCCGGAAGGAGAGAAUGGAGCAGUAGUAGCUACGGGAUAUUACCUGAACUCUGUAAUGGUGCAAUAUAGUGGGGAGGAGUGUCAGGGUUACAUUCUGUUGGCUACUAAUGCGAUGGGUGAUGCCCAGAACUUAGAGCAGAUACCGGUGGUUAGAGAUUUUCCAUAA